UAUGGUGCUCCACUUGCUCAACCCGCUCCGUCUGCUACAGCUGCAGUAGUUCCAGGAGCAGGUGGUACUGACUAUAUCGGUCCCAGCAGCGGCGUUGGUGGUUUUGCCCCCAUUGGCAGCGCUAAUGGUGGUUUCGCCGCUGGCAGCGCUGGUGGUGGUUAUGCCCCCGCUGGCAGCGGUGGUGGUGGCUACAAAAAACGGACAAUCUUAAAAGCCAAAAAAACGUAG